UAACUGUACAUUCAUUUUCCAGAUGAAACAUGAAUUGCCAGUCUCACUCACCUGGUCCUCGUUGAGUACAACCUUCGUUUCGCUAACUCAUUUCAUAAAUCGCUCGAAAUCAUCACCACCCUUCGUCCAUAACUCUCUCUCUCAACCCCCUGGAACGAAUGAAAAUUUUGAAACCCUAGCUCUGAAUCAUCCAUUCUCUAAUGGCGAUUGCAUCAUCCUCUGCUCCGAGCUUCUCACCCCCCUUCUGCUGUACUCGAACCGAGUCAACUCGGUUCGUUCGCUUCCUCACGAUCCGAUCUCACCGGACUCGCCUGCCCACACGGCGCCUCGCGAUCACCUCUCGUUUCAAUUCAUCCACGCCGUCGAAUGGCUUCGUGUCCCCGGAUAAUGGCGAUCUCCAAUACGAGCUUCAGCACGGAGUGUCCGCCCAGAGUCACCGGAAGGGAUCGCCGGUGUUCGUCACGCUGCCGGCGGACGCCGUCAACCCUUCGGGGCAGAUGCGGAGGCGGAAGGCGAUGGCGCAGUCGUUUCGGGCGCUCGUGGCGGCCGGCGUGGAAGGCGUGGUGAUGGAGGUUUGGUGGGGGCUUGUGGAGAGGGACGCGCCUAGGGUUUACGAUUGGCAGGGGUAUGUGGAGAUUGUGUCGUUGGCACGAAGGUGUGGAUUGAAGGUUCGAGCGGUCAUGGCGUUUCAUCAGUGUGGUACAGGGCCUGGCGAUCCUUUCUGGAUUCCUCUUCCUCAAUGGGUGCUUGAAGAAAUGGAUAAAGAUCCAGAUUUAGCAUAUUCUGACAGGUUUGGAAGAAGAAAUAUGGAGUACAUUUCCUUAGGAUGUGACAUUCUUCCUGUUCUGCAUGGACGAUCACCAAUCCAAGCAUAUGCAGAUUUUAUGAGGAAUUUCAGAGACACUUUUAGACCAUUUUUUGGUGGCAUUAUAACUGGGAUUCAAGUUGGCAUGGGUCCUGCUGGUGAAUUGAGGUACCCUUCGUGUCCUUCUCAGAAGCUAACUUGGUCUUGGCGCUCUCGUGAACUUGGAGAGUUUCAAUGCUAUGAUAAGUAUAUGCUUGCAUCUUUAAAUGCUUGUGCCCGAAAGAGAGGGAUGCCUGAGUGGGCAAAUGGGGGUCCUAUUGGUGCUAGCAACUUGAUGCACAAUCCCGAAAAUACUGAAUUUUUCAGAAGUGAUGGCUCUUGGAAUACACCGUAUGGGGAUUUUUUUCUUGAGUGGUACUCAGGGAUGCUGCUUCUGCAUGGGGAGAGGAUAUGCAGGGAAGCAGAGACCAUUUUUCGGGGUAUUGAAGUUGGCACAUCAGGAAAAGUGGCUGGGAUCCACUGGCAUUACAGAACACAGUCUCAUCCGUCUGAGUUAACAGCUGGUUAUUACAAUACCUUAAUUAGAGAUGGAUACUUACCAAUUGCCCGCAUGUUUGGCAGGUAUGGGUUUACCUUGUGUUGUACAUGUUUUGAAAUGAAAGAUGCAGAAGAGCAGCAGAUGAACCCAGUCAGUAGCCCAGAAGGUUUUCUUAAACAACUUCUAUUGGCCGCAAGGAUUUGUGAUAUACCCCUGGAAGGUGAAAAUUCUGCAGCUAGUUUGGAUGAUGGAUCAUUCCAACAGGUGCUAAAGAUGUCAAAAUUUUACUCAGAUGGUUUAGGAACACCAUCCUUUUCAUUCAACUUCAAUAGAAUGGACAAAAAUUUGUUUGAAUAUCAUAAUUGGGUCAGUUUUACUCGUUUUGUGAAGCAAAUGUCGGAUGCCAAUAUUUUUCGGGCCAAGCUAGAUUUUGGAGGAGGUGAUAUAUGCCUGUCUUCUACAUCAGCUGCUGUUAAUGUUGGAGCAGUGUUUGCAUAUUAGGAAAGAGCUUCAUCUCAUUUGCACCAUAGCUGCUAAUUUAUAUAUUCACCCGCCGCCAUUUGAUGUGUAUACCAAAUGCAUGACGACUUCUAAUUUAUUGUUGUGAAUUGUGUAGCAAUGCAUCAUUUUUUAAUGAUUUGAUCUAGUUUCUUAUUUUUA